AUGGUCACUUUUAGUGCCCAUGAACACAACAAGGGACAGCGCCCCCACGGAUAUGUAAUGGUAAUUCAGGAUGAAAAGAAAAACAGAUUUGGAUGUUAUCUAAAUGAACAUUUGAGAGCCACUGACCAUAAGAGAUACUAUGGUAACGGAGAAUGUUUUCUUUGGAAAUGUGAGUGGUACGACGAAAAUAAGCGUACGGGCUCUGAAGGUGAACCGCACCAAAAAGAGCGUUUCAAGGCAUUUAUGUAUACGGGGAUGAAUGAUAAUAUGGUGUAUUCGAACCACGAUUUCAUUGCCAUUGGCUCCUCUCAUGGACAAAAUGGCCUUUGGUUGGAUAAGGCACUUUACCUGGGAGUCUCAUAUCCUUGUGAGACUUUUGGAAACGAGAUUCUCAAUGAGCCACAUGACAACAAGGAGAAGUAUGGCAAGUUCAAAGUGAUGGGUUUAGAAGUAUGGAGAGUCGGGGCUCUCGAUUGA